GACUGGUCCCCAACGUGUCCUACCUGGUGAACAGCUGAGGAAGAGCUUGGAAAAGGUCCGUUGGAUGAAGGGAGGAUGAAGGGCUGCAGGCUGAGCGCGUAGGACAGACCCCAAGGAACAGUGUCCUGGUGGUGAGAAUGGAUUUUUGCUGCUGAGGCAGCUUUUCUGAUGUCUCAUUGUCCACGUUUUCCCUCUUUCCUCCACCCUGGGGGGCAGUGACCAUGGCUCCAAGCUGGACACAGACCAGGUGCAUCCCAACGGGUAGAGGGGUUCUGCUCCUUACAACAAUCCUCUCCUUCCUGCUGCCCUGCACAAACUGCAGACCCCAGCCCACCUGGGGCUACACAGCCUACGAGGUUGUCAUUCCAAGGAAACUUGGCUCCAGGGCAGGGAAAGCCAGCCAGGAGGAAGUGUCCUACACCAUUGACAUUCAGGGGAUAGAUUAUACAAUUCGCCUCAGGAAGAAGGACUUUGUAGUAGAAAAGAUCCCCGUAUUCACUCGUAACUCCCAAGGGGAAAUCGUGGCUGAACAGCCCCACGUGCCAGCAGGUUGCUAUUACCAUGGAUAUGUGGAAGGCAUCCCGGACUCCAUGGUGACGGUGACUACCUGCUCUGGGCUCAGAGGGCUGCUGCACAUUGGAAACUCAAGCUACAGCAUCGAGCCCCUGUCGGGUACCACCACGCGUGAGCAUCUCCUGUUGCAGAGAGAGGCGAUUCCUGGAAUGGUGAUGUACAAAAUGCACAAUGACGACAGACUGUUUCCAGGUCCUGGUAGGGAAAUAGGGCAGUUCCAGUCCAACGGGCCCACGCAGUAUUUGGAGCUCUUUGUUGUGGUGGACAAGAAAGGGUUUGAUGCCUUCGGCAAAAGUAUAAAAAAUGUGGCCCUGGAAGUUAUUGAAAUAAUCAAUCUGGUGGAUGGACUGUUUUCUUCUUUCCACCUUCGUGUUUUGUUAACUGCACUAGAGGUUUGGGUGGAGAAGAACCCUAUUGUUGUUACCAAAAACAUAACCCAGGUCCUUCAUAAUUUUAAUCUUUGGCGGCGGCGGCAAAGCCCUACGUACGCUGUGCAUGAUGUGGGGUGUCUAUUUGCCUCAAUGGACUUUGGUAGUGGUACAAGAGCAUCGCGCCCAGGCAAUGAGUCCAACUUCGCCAGUGCCUGUGACAGAAAACAUGCUUCUGCUGUUGUAUCAUUUGCAAAACAGCCUUACAUGGACACUGCUGUCCAUGUCACUCGUGCAUUGGGGCAUGCCCUUGGCAUGAGGUACGAUGGCAGAUACUGCAAAUGUGGAAAUGCCUCUGAAUGCAUCAUGAGCACACGCGGCACAGUGAACCGUCAAUUCAGCAACUGCAGCAGAAAGGACUACACGGAUUUUAUAACAUCAGGGCUAGGAUUCUGCCUUAAUAAAGCCCCAGAAUUGGUAAUACAAUUUCCACUGCAGCACUGCGGGAACGGUGUCCUGGAUGCUGGUGAGGAAUGCGACUGUGGCUCAGAUGCACAGUGUAAAUUGGACCUUUGUUGUGACAAUGAGUGUAAAAAAAAAGCAGGAGCCAUUUGCACUUCUGGAGGCUGCUGCAAGAACUGCGAACCUCUCCCAGAAGGAGAAGUGUGCAGGGAGAGCACUGGUCUGUGCGACUUGCCCGAGUAUUGCAACGGGACGUCUGCGCAUUGCCCGGCAGACGUGGCCAAGCAAGACGGGACUGUGUGCGCUGAGGACGGGUACUGUUAUUCAGGCAAGUGCCGAUCUCGCACGUUACAGUGUAGGAGUAUCUUUGGCAGGGAAGCAAAGUCUGCUCCACUCACGUGUUUCCUGGAGGUGAACAUGAAAGGGGAUCGGUUCGGCAACUGCUGGGGAGACGGGACGGAUGACAGUUAUCAGAAAUGUAAGCCAGAAAAUGUCCUGUGUGGGAGAGUACAGUGCAUGAAUGUUAAACAUCUGCCUCAGAUGGAAGAUCAUGUAACCAUCAUUCAGUCCCUGGUGGAUGACAUCUGGUGUUGGGGCACAGAUUACCACUUAGGUGUGGAUGUUCUGGAUGUUGGAGCCAUUAAGGACGGCACACAUUGUGGUGAGAAGAAGAUCUGCAUCAAUCAGACGUGUGUUCCCAAGGAGAAGUACAUCACAUCCCACUGUUCUGCUGAGAAAACAUGCGGAGGAAGGGGAGUCUGCAACACGAGAGGGCACUGCCACUGUGACAAUGGGUGGGCACCCCCCUUCUGCCAAUUCACUGGCACUGGAGGAAGCAUUGACAGUGGGCCCACACUGGUCGCUGAACAAGGUUUUUCUACAUUCAUCACCGUGAGCACCAUAAUAAUUAUUGUUGUUCUGGCACUCGCAGCACUUGUCAUUGUGUGUGUGAGAAAGCUCCGAGUAACCCGAGCAAAGAACAGACCCGUCAGACGUUUUCGGCCUGGAAAACGAGCUCCUGGGGGAGACACAAAGGACCAGGCAGGAGAAGGCAGAUCCAAACCAGUUGAGGCAGCUCAGAAGAAGAGCCGGAAGAAAGCAGCUCAGAAGAAGAAGAAGAAGAAGAAGAAGAAGAAGAAGAAGGCAGCUCAAAACUCCCCUGUAUAGGACUUCAUGAGACAGCUGUGGAAAGCUGGACUCGGUCACGAGAUUCAGACGCUGGCUGCUGUGGACUCCUUUUAAAUUUAUCUAGAUGCAAGUGUAGAUUUAGGGGAUCUAGUUUUCAUUCUGUAGAAUAGCAAAAUGAAGUUGUUUCG